AUGGAAGAAACUGAAACAAUUUCUCAGUACAAUGAGAAACUGAUCGAUUUAGCUAAUGAAUUUCAAUCCUUAGGUGGUCCUUUGAGCAACGAGACACUGGUGAAUAAGGUAUUGAGAACUCUUCUAGAAAGAUUCAGCAUGACAGUUACUGCUAUUGAGGAGGCCAAAGACACAUCAUCUCUACGUCUGGACGAUCUAAUUGCAGAAUCAAGUAAAGAAGCAGUUAGAAAUGAGGAAGAAAUGUGUAAGAAGUUGUUCAGCGACUUGGAGAAGAAGACUCAUGCUCUAGACGCAGCCAACAAGGAAAAUUCUUCCCUCAAAGAUACAAUCACACAUUUAGAGGUUGGUAUCACCAAGAAAGAUCUUGAACUGGCAAAGGUUCCAGGUCAAUGGAUAAUUGUUACCAAACAGGUGAUACCAUCUCAUGCAAGAGCUCAAGAGUAA